UUCAGAAACAAUUCGGAUCUCGAAGCAGCCGGAUGCAGAAGUGCUAUUUCGUUGCCCACACGAACCAGCAGUCGAUUCCGUGCCGAGAAUUCAAUGUCAACAGGCGAGGACUUGCAGCCAGAUGCCCUAGAAAGUGCUCCCACUCCGCGACCGACGACUUCGCUUCGAUGGCGCUACAUGGCGGCGGUUUCAACAGUGAAUGGUCGUAGACGCAGUCAUCUGAAUGGAUUCAUCAUCAUCGAACUUCUACUUUCUACCAACUCCACGCCAUCUUGCGCCCUUUUCUGCCUUUCUUGAGCAAAAUUUCCUUUUGAGCUGAGCUCACCUAAAUCUUCUGUCCAAAAUGAGCGUUCAAGUGCCUUUUAUAUGUGAUCUUCACAGUUAUACGUGUUCGUGCCUUGCUCUAUGACUGUACCGCGCAAUUUAUCGAGAGUCUAUUUAUCACUGUGCCGCGUUUCUUUCAUCAAUAAAUCAGUCAAC